UCAAGUUCAUAGGUGUUUGGGUGAUCCAUCUCUGUGUGUUGGCUGAUUGGUCUUCUGGUCAAUCUUAUUGAAGAAAGUGCCAUAUUUCAUCAUCAUCAGCUGUAUGCAUUGAAUGAGGAUGGAUGUCCCAAGCAAUGCACCAGAGCAUUGUCCUGGGACUCAGAGUGAGUCAGCAGGGAAGGUGUCAGCAUGCCAAGGCUGCCCAAAUCAAAGUGUCUGUGCAUCAGGCCAAGCCCAACACCCUGAUCCAGAUAUUGAGAUCAUAAAGAAGACACUUGCAUCCAUCAAACACAAAAUUCUAAUCCUUUCUGGGAAAGGAGGAGUUGGGAAGAGUGCUCUUACUGGGAUGCUGGCCUUUGGUUUGGCUGCUGAUCCACAGAGGAAUUAUGUUGAUGAGAACCUGGCAGUGAUAUCAGUUGGUUUCCUCCUUGGAAGCCCAGAUGAUGCAGUCAUUUGGAGAGGACCCAAGAAAAAUGGCAUGAUCAAGCAGUUCCUUCGUGAUGUAGACUGGGGAGAUACAGAGUACUUGCUUAUUGACACUCCUCCUGGGACUUCAGAUGAGCACCUGUCCAUUGUCCAGUACCUUCUCCCAGCUGGUUUGGAUGGGGCCAUCAUCAUCACCACACCACAAGAGGUGGCCCUUCUUGAUGUCCGAAAGGAGAUCAACUUCUGCCACAAGGUCAACCUCCCAAUCCUUGGAGUGGUGGAGAACAUGAGCACCUUUGUUUGUCCCAAGUGCCAUAAAGGUUCGGAGAUCUUCCCUGCUUUCACAGGGGGAGCUGAGAAGAUGACCCAGGAAAUGGGGAUUCCCUUUCUUGGGAGAAUACCUUUGGAUCCCAUAAUUGGGAAGAUGUGCGAUGAAGGCAGGAGCUUCCUCAUACAACACCCUGAUUCCCUGGCAUCUAAAGCUGCCCUUUCCAUCAUUGAAAAGAUCCAAAAUGCAUGCAAUCCAGGAAAGGUAAUGGGUGAAUCUGGCUGAUGGCAAGUUCAACCCUGAAAGAAGGCCUAUUUGGUGGAAGAAGAUGGACAAGAUCCAUUCCACUAGAAGUUCAUUGCCCUUUGAAGAGUCACUACUUUCACAUUAGACGAUAUAGGCUCUGGAUCUUUAUGUUGCUCAUGUAUCUGGUGGUUUUGUUGCCAAUAAAAGCACUAUACAUUUGUA